AGAAAGGGGGGACAUGGCCGGGACGGAGAAGGAGCAGAGCUGGAUCCCGCGGAUCUUCAAGAGGAAGACGUGCACGGCCUUCAUCGCUGACCCCGAUGACCCCGGCCCGGGGAUGCUGUGCCAGUGUGGGCUGCCCCGAGCCCAGCACCUGGCUGUGGCUGUGGAGGACGCCUUCGGGGCGGCCAUCGUGACCUCCUGGGACUCCGACACCCACACCACGGAAGGGCCCACCGACGCCUAUGGAGACCUCGACUUCCAGGGGUCUGGGCAUAAGCCCAGCAAGUUCAUCCGGCUGUCAGACAGGACCCAUCCCGCGUCCGCCUAUGGGCUGGUCACCCGGACCUGGGACUUCCCUGCCCCCAACCUGGUGGUGUCCGUGCUGGGGGGGCAGCGGGGAGGAGCGCUGCAGGAAUGGCUCAGAGACCUGCUGAGGAGGGGCCUGGUCCGAGCUGCCCAGAGCACAGGGGCCUGGAUCCUCAGCGGGGGGCUUCACACGGGCAUCGGGCAGCACGUGGGGGUCGCUGUACGGGACCACGCCACGGCCAGCACGGGGGGAACCAAAGUCGUGGCCAUGGGUGUCUCUCCCUGGGGGGUCGUGCGGAAUAGCGGCGAGCUCAAGAACUCCAAGGGCUCCUUUCCGGCCCAUUACUCCUGGAGGGGGGGUCCCGAGGACGGCCCCCCGUAUCCCCUGGACAAUAACUAUUCGGCCUUCUUCCUGGUGGACGACGGGACACACGGGAGGUUUGGUGGGGAGACACGCUUCCAGGCCCGACUGGAGAAUUUCAUCUCCCAGCAGAAGACUGGAGUUGGGGGCACCGGCAUUGAUAUCCCCGUCCUCCUCCUCCUCAUCGGGGGUGACGAGAAGAUGUUGCAGCGAGUGGAGGAGGCCACCCGGAACCAACUACCCUGUCUGCUGGUGGCCGGCUCGGGGGGCGCAGCCGACUGCUUGGCCGAGACCUUGGGGGCCGUGGCCGCCACCCUGGCCCCAGAAGGAGGCGGGAAGAUCUGGGUUGGAGAAGUCCAAGACCGGCUCCGCCGCUUCUUCCCCCACGGGGACCCCGAGGUCCUGGCCGCUCAGGUGGAGCGGAUCGUGCAGCGCUGGAAGAUGCUGACCGUAUACUCUGCUGAAGAUGGACCUGAAGAGUUUGAGACGGUCGUGCUGAGGGCGCUGGUCAAGGCCUGCGGCAGUUCAGAGGCCGCGGCCUACCUCGAUGAGCUUCGCCUGGCCGUAGCCUGGAACCGCGUGGACAUUGCCCAGAGCGAGCUGUUCCGCGGGGACAUCCAAUGGCGGUCCUCCCACCUGGAGGCCUCCCUUCUGGACGCCCUCCUCAACGACCGGCCGGAAUUCGUCCGGCUCCUCAUCUCCCGGGGCCUGAACCUCAACCACUUCUUGUCCCGGGCCCGGCUGGCUCAGCUGUACGCCGCCGCGCCGGCCGGUUCCCUCUCCCGGCACCUGCUGGACCGGACGGCCCCGGGCGGAGGCGGAGGACCGGGGGCUGCGGCCAAGGCCCCCCCGGACCCCCCGGACCCCGCGGCCCCCCUGCUGUCACCCCCAGGCUCCUCAGACACCCCCAGGACCGUGCGGCUGCAGGACGUGGCCCGGCUACUGCGGGAGCUCUUGGGGGACACCUGCGCCCCGAGACACUGGGCCGCCGACGCCCCCGGCUCCUCUGGAGGGGCUUGGAGAGACAGCAACGGUCUGGUGUUGAACGGGACUCCCCCCGACUCCACCCCCUGGGCAGACCUGCUCAUCUGGGCCCUGCUGCUGAACCGCGGCCUGAUGGCUCUCUACUUCUGGGAGAUGGGCUCGAACUCGGUGGCCUCGGCUCUGGGGUCCUGCCUGCUGCUCCGGGUUCUUGCCCGCCUGGAGGCCGAGGCUGAGGAGGCCGCCAAGAGAAAGGAGCUGGCAGCCCGGUUCGAGGGGCUGGCUGUGGGGCUGUUCAGUGAGUGUCAUCGCAGUUCCGAGUCCCGCUCGGCCCGGCUACUGCUUCGCCGCUGCCCGCUCUGGGGAGGAGCCACAUGCCUACAGCUGGCCACCAGAGCCGAUGCCCGCAGCUUCUUCGCCCAGGAUGGAGUCCAGACUCUGUUGACUCAGAAAUGGUGGGGUGAAAUGGACAGCAGUACUCCGGUCUGGGCCCUCAUCCUCACCUUCUUCUUGCCCCCGCUCAUCUACACUGACCUCAUCAACUUUCGGAGCCUAGAGGAAGAACCGCUGCAGAAAGAUGAGCUGGAGAUGGACAGUGGAAAUGGCAGCAGGAAGAUCUCUGUGGGCACCGGGGCCCGAGAGCCUGAAAAGAAGCUGCCCAGUGGGAACCGGGGUCAGAACGGGUGCUGCUGGGGUCAGCGGUCUCGGCGUCUCUGCCUCCAUCGCUGGGCCCAGUUCUGGGGGGCCCCAGUAACCUCGUUCCUGGGUAACGUGGUCAGCUACUUGCUCUUCCUCCUGCUCUUCGCCCACGUCCUCCUGUUCGACUUCCAGCCCCCUCCCCCAGGGCCCUCCGAGUUCCUCCUCUACUUCUGGGCCUUCACGCUGCUGUGCGAAGAGCUGAGACAAGGGCUCUCGGGGGGCUGGGGCAGCCUGGGGGUGGGAGGCCAGGGCAAGACCCCCCUCCGCCGCCGGCUCCACCUCUACCUCGCCGACUCCUGGAACCAGUGUGACCUGGUGGCUCUGAGCUGCUUCAUCCUGGGCGUCAGCUGCAGGCUCACCCCUGGAAUGUUUGAGCUCGGACGCACCGUGCUGUGCCUUGACUUUAUGGUUUUCACCCUCCGACUUCUUCACAUCUUCACCGUCAACAAGCAACUGGGACCCAAGAUUGUGAUCGUCAACAAGAUGAUGAAGGACGUUUUCUUCUUCCUCUUCUUCCUGGGCGUAUGGCUGGUGGCCUACGGGGUAGCCACGGAGGGUUUGCUCCGUCCCCACCCCCGGUCCUUCCCCGCCGUCCUGCGCCGCGUCUUCUACCGCCCGUACCUGCAGAUCUUUGGACAGAUCCCCCAGGACGACAUGGACGUGGCGUUGAUGUCCGUGGGCAACUGCACGAAGGUGGAGGCGGCGGACGGGGGUCUGGACGGGCCCUGGGGUCUGCCUCAGCGGGAGGACUCUCCCUGCGUCUCCCUCUACGCCAACUGGCUGGUUCUGCUGCUGCUGGUGGUCUUCCUCCUGGUGGCCAACAUCCUCCUCCUCAACCUCCUCAUCGCCAUGUUCAGUUACACCUUCGGGAAGGUCCAGGGAAACAGCGACUUGUACUGGAAAUCCCAACGCUACGGACUGAUCCGGGAGUUUCAUAACCGCCCGGCCCUGGCUCCACCGCUCAUCAUCAUCUCCCACCUCCGCCUCCUCCUCACCCACCGCAAGCAGUGUCUGAGGCAUGAGCCCCCCACGUCCCCGCAUUUCCGCGUGGAGCUGUCGGGCCGGGCCGAGCGGGCCCUGCUCACUUGGGAGUCGGUGCAGAAGGAGAAUUUCCUCCUCGCCCAAGCCAGAGACAAGAGGGAGAGCGACUCGGAGAGGCUGAAGAGGAUGUCGCAAAAGGUGGACACGGCGCUGAAGCAGCUCGGCCGGAUCCGUCAGUACGAGCAGCGGCUGGCGGGGCUGGAGAGAGAGAUUGAGUUCCCUCGAACCACAUGGAAGCUUCUACCUCAGAAGAGCCGGGAGCCAAACCCCCCAGGAACGGGUCUUCUCUGUGCCAGGGCUAUCUACGGGGACCAACCCACUCAAUUCGAUCAAUCAAUCAAUCGUAUUUAUAGAUUCGAGUCCUUGCCUUGGCCCUAGGGGUCUUGACUUCCGCAGUAGGUGCGCUGCCCACCGCAUCUACAGGGCUGCGGACCCCCCUAGAGCCCUUUCCCAAGGCUAUAGGUGUCCUCACAUCCCUUAUAGGACUCUCACUUCAUCUGUAGCUGCCUCCAGCGUUAGGGACCAUGCCUGAUUCACAAGAACUCCGCUUCUGGGUCUGUAGGAGCCGCGCCCUAUCCCUAGGGAAUGAGGCUGGGAAGGAGAGGAUGUAGGAGAACAGUUGAAGGGAAUCAUCCCCACCCAGGUUCCGUACUUCACCAUCUUUCCCCUCCCAUCCCACACUCAAUUGCUUUGUUAAUAAAGAAUGUGACCACUCACUCUCCGUGACCGAGA